AUGGCAGCCCCCCAAGUAAUUGUGGUCGGCGGUGGCCUUUCUGGUCUUAGUGCUGCUCACACUGUCUACUUAAACGGCGGUAAUGUCCUCGUUCUGGACAAGCAAGCUUUCUUCGGUGGCAACUCAACCAAGGCCACCUCCGGAAUUAACGGUGCGCUCACCCGCACCCAGACCGACCUCGGUAUCGGUGACAGUGUCAAGGCCUUCUACGAGGAUACCCUCAAGUCCGCCCGUGACAAGGCCCGUCCCGACCUGAUCAAGGUCCUCACAUACAAGUCCGCUUCCGCUGUUGAGUGGCUGCAGGAUGUCUUCAACCUCGACCUCACUCUGGUCUCCCGUCUGGGUGGCCACUCCUUCCCUCGUACCCACCGUGGCCACGAUGCCAAGUUCCCCGGUAUGGCUAUCACAUACGCUCUUAUGCAACGCCUAGAGGAGCUUGCCGAGACCGAGCCCGGUCGUGUCCAGAUCGUCAAGAAGGCAAAUGUCACCAAGAUCAACAAGUCUGGCAACCACGUGAGUGGUGUGACCUACACACUUAAUGGCGAGACCAAGACCGCCGAUGGUAUCGUCGUGCUGGCCACUGGUGGUUACGCCGCUGAUUUUAGCGACACUUCCCUGCUGAAGAAGCACCGUCCCGAUACAUUCGGUCUGUCUUCCACCAACGGCACCCACGCCACUGGUGAUGGUCAGAAGAUGCUGAUGGAGAUUGGUGCCAACGGCAUCGACAUGGACAAGGUCCAGGUUCACCCCACUGGUCUGGUGGACCCCAAGGACCCCGGCGCCAAGUUCAAGUUCUUGGCUGCUGAGGCCCUGCGUGGUGAGGGUGGUCUCCUGUUGAACUCUGACGGUCAACGAUUCUCCGAUGAGCUCGGUCACCGUGACUACGUCUCUGGCCAGAUGUGGAAGGAGAAGGAGAAGGGCAAGUGGCCCAUUCGUCUGGUGCUGAACAGCAAGGCCUCCAAGGUCCUGGACUUCCACACUCGUCAUUACUCCGGCCGUGGUCUGAUGAAGAAGAUCACCGGCAAGGAGUUGGCCAAGGAGAUUGGCUGUGGCGAGGCUGCUCUCAAGAAGACCUUUGAUGAGUACAACCUCAUUGCUGAUGGUAAGAAGCAGGACCCUUGGAACAAGAAGUUCUUCCACAACCUGCCCUUCAGCCUUGACGAUGAUUUCCACGUUGCCCUUAUGGAGCCUGUCCUUCACUUUACCAUGGGUGGUAUCGAGAUCAACGAGCACGCUGAGGUUCUCAACGGCGAGAAGCAGCCCUUCGAGGGUCUCUACGCCUGUGGUGAGCUUGCAGGUGGUGUCCACGGUGCUAACCGUCUGGGUGGCUCCUCCCUUCUGGGCUGUGUUGUCUACGGUCGUGUUGCCGGUGACUCCGCCUCCCAGCACCUCUUCCAGAAGUUGAUCAACAACGGCUCUUCUGCUGCCCAGCACCGUCUGGGUCAGAUCUCCCUGCACAUUGAUCCCUCCACGCCAGGAAAGAUCUCAGUUGAGUGGGGUGGUGCUGCCGCCGGUAGCCUGCCUGCUAUUGCUGCGGCCCCAGCUGCCGCUACUUCUGCUCCAGCUGCCGCUGCUCCCGAGGAGACCAAGGCCGAUCCUGCCAACUUCCAGAUUCCCGACAAGGAGUUCAGCAUGGAAGAGAUUGCCAAGCACAACAAGAAGGAUGAUCUGUGGAUCGUCGUCAAGGGCAUUGUCCUUGAUGUGACCAACUGGCUGGAUGAGCACCCCGGUGGUGCUAACGCCCUGUUCAACUUUAUGGGUCGUGAUGCUACUGAGGAAUUCGCUAUGCUCCACGACGACGAGGUCAUCCCCAAGUACGCUGCCCAAACUGUCAUCGGCCGCGUCAAGGGCCAGACCCCUAGCCUUGAGCUGUAA